AUGAAGUUUUCGCAUCAACUGCAGUUCAACGCUGUCCCUGAUUGGGCAGAAUAUUAUCUUCCCUAUUCGAACCUCAAAAAGCUUGUUUAUUCCACUGAGCGCGAUCGAGUAACUGCAUAUGGAACGCACAGACCUUCUGAAGACGAUUACGAACGAGGCCCCAGUGAACGUACUGCACUUAUACCUGAAUCCGACUCUGUCGAAAGAGAAAACAGUCGAUUCAUUGCUGCCCUCGAUCAGUCACUUGACAAGAUUGUGAAAUUUUACACUAAAAAGGAGCAGGAGCUAUAUAAAGAAUCCGAUGAGCUAUUGCACGAUCUCGACAAGUUACAAUCCGAGGGUAAUGGUGGCGGCAGCAGCAACGACUAUAGUGAAGAGCAUUUGCAUGCAUCGUCGAAUUUCCCGCGUCGUGAAUCAACCACUUUUGACGACGAUUUACCCCCCAACAUUAUAUCCCAGAAUGUAACGGAAAGCGACCCGCAGCUGCUAUCGGCAUCGCACGACACGACAGAACUGCGAAAACGGACAAUCGACAUGUUUGUGUUGCUAUCCGAACUCAAGUCGUUUGUAGCAUUGAAUCAGACGGCGUUUUCCAAAAUUCUAAAGAAAUACGACAAGAUUACGCAUAGCAAUCUCAAACGGUACUAUGUGCUCAACCACGUCAGCCCUGCGUAUCCGUUCAAGAGCACGACAAAGCAACAUUUGAACGAGCGGAUCCAGCGAACCGAACGCGUGUAUGCGACACUCGUGACUGAUGGCGAUCUGGACUUGGCCAUCACAGAUCUGAAAACCCACUUGCGCGAGCGGAUUGUAUGGGAACGCAAUAUGGUAUGGCGCGAUAUGAUCGGGCAGGAGCGCAAGGUGCAGACGGUCGGUGUGGGCGAGGCCAAACCUAUCUCCCUGCGUACGCCAUGUGGCACCCUUCACAUCGAUCGCGAUCAGAUCAUCCAGGGCUUGUUCCUUGCGAUCAGUUUGGCCGUGUUUGCUUUACUUCUCAAGGUCGACUUGUUUGGCCAAGCGGAACAGAAUCGAUGCUUUGCCAUUUUGGUAUUCACCAGCAUGCUUUGGGCAGGCGAGGUGAUGCCCCUAUUUGUCACUGCAUUACUCGUCCCCUUUUUAAUCGUAGUUCUGCGUGUCAUGCGGUCCGAAGACGGAACUGAACGACUUUCGGCGCCAGAUGCCACGAAGCGGGUUUUUGCGAGCAUGUUCUCGCCAGUGAUCAUGCUAUUGCUUGGUGGGUUUGCCAUUGCAGGCGCACUUAGCAAAUUCGGUAUCGCUAAAUCCAUGGCAACGUUUGUGCUGUCCAAGGCCGGCACUCGGCCGAACCGGGUUCUGCUAGUGAACAUGUUUGUUGCCACCAUUGCCAGUAUGUGGAUCAGUAAUGUAGCAGCGCCCGUCCUGUGCUUUUCGCUGAUCCAGCCGAUCCUGCGGACCCUGCCUGUCGACUCGACCUUUGCACCUUGUCUCAUUAUCGGCAUUGCGCUUUCCUCCAACCUCGGCGGCAUGGCAUCGCCCAUCUCGUCUCCGCAGAACGUUGUUGCCAUCCAAAACAUGAGCCCACCACCGUCGUGGGGUGAAUGGUUCUUUGCAGCACUUCCUCUGUGCAUUGUCGGCAACAUCAUUAUCUGGCUAUGGCUGCUGUGGAACUACAACCCAGAGAAGCACACGCCCCAGAUCCACGCGAUCCGGGCAUCGUCUGAUCCAGUGACGCUCACCCAAUUAUACGUGGUCACCGUCACCAUAGUGACGAUUGUGCUCUGGUGUCUGGCGCAUACCUACGAAGGCACGUUUGGUGACAUGGGCGUGAUCGCCAUUAUCCCACUGAUUGCCUUUUUCGGACCGGGUCUGUUGACCAAGGAUGAUUUUAACAACUUUUUGUGGAACGUGAUUAUGCUGGCAAUGGGCGGCAUUGCGCUUGGCAAAGCGGUUGAAAGCUCUGGGCUACUGCAGACGAUUGCGGUACACAUUGAAGAAAUGGUUACCGGAAUGAGCGCGUUUGAAAUCUUGUUUGUGUUUAGCUCACUGGUGCUCGUGAUGGCAACAUUUAUCAGCCAUACCGUCGCAGCCCUGAUUGUGUUACCCAUUGUGGCGGAGGUGGGCGCUCGCUUAGAUGAUCCACGGCCAAGAUUACUUGUCAUGGGCACUGCCUUCAUGUGCUCCUCUGCGAUGGGCCUGCCCGUAUCCGGCUUCCCCAACAUGAAUGCCAUCUCCCAAGAAAACGAGCUAGGCCAGCCCUAUUUAUCCACCAAGGAUUUUCUGGUCAACGGUGUGCCUUCCAGCGUGUUCACGAUGCUGUGUGUCACCACACUUGGGUAUGGGCUCAUGUCUUUGAUGGGCUUUUAA